CACAAAAAAAAACCACUUGCGCGGAGUCCGGCAGUGUGACCUAAUCCCCCGAGUUGCUUUCGAUAUAUAUCGGCGAUUGUUUCAUUCAAAGAACGGUUCGCGCUACCGCCACCAGGUUUAGAAAAUGCGGCGCAGCUUGGCGCCUAGUCAGAGGAUCGGCCAAUCCACCGCCUCCCGCAACGCCUUCACCCCGCCACUGCUUCAGAAGAAGAACAAACGGGCCUGCCAGAAGGAUCUCCGGCUGGACACGGAUGCGGAUGAGGACAAGGAGAGGAAGCGGUUCGGGCUGCGCGAUGCCACCAACUCAGAGAUUCCCCUGCCAAUUCGGUUCACCGCCAACAGUGCCUACGAGCUAGCCAUCGCCCAGGUGCUGGCCAGGAAGUUCAAGGUACCCAUCGACAACUAUGUGCCCGAUUACGGAGGAAAUCGGUGCCUCGGCGUACGCCGAGUAGUCGUCCGGCGGCCCCUUCACGACCCGCAAGCCUGCAACGCUCUGGUACUCUUCCAGCCACCCAACUACACGGAGCAUGAGCGAAUGUCCAUGGACCCGAGCAAGGUGCUCGUUCACGUUGUGGUGGAUCCGCUCCUGAGCAACAUCCUGCGACCUCACCAGCGCGAGGGCGUGCGCUUUAUGUACGAGUGUGUGGAGGGCAAGAAGGGAGACUUCAACGGGUGCAUCAUGGCCGACGAAAUGGGCCUGGGCAAAACGCUGCAGUGCGUGACGCUGGUUUGGACGCUUUUGCGGCAGGGUCCCGAGAGUAAGCCGACCAUCAACAAGGCGAUCGUCGUGUCACCCUCGUCUUUAGUUAAAAAUUGGGAGAAGGAGUUCACCAAAUGGCUCCAGGGCCGGCUCCUCUGCCUCGCCAUGGAAGGUGGCACCAAAGAGAACACCAUCCGCGUCCUGGAACAGUUUUCCAUGACCUCCUCCAAAUUGGGCACUCCCGUCCUGCUAAUCAGCUACGAAACAUUUCGUAUAUAUGCCGAGAUCCUUUGCAAGUACGAGGUUGGCAUGGUGAUCUGCGACGAAGGCCACCGGCUGAAGAACAGUGACAACCUCACCUACCAGGCACUGAUGGGUUUAAAAACGAAGCGGCGGGUUCUCCUCUCCGGAACACCCAUACAGAACGAUCUCACUGAGUACUUCAGCCUGGUCAACUUUGUGAAUCCCGAGAUGCUGGGCACUGCUGCGGAUUUUAAGCGCAACUUCGAGAACAGUAUUCUGAGAGGACAGAACGCAGACUCCACCGAGGGGGAGCGGAAGAAGGCCAUUGAGAAGACACAGGAGCUAAUCGGCCUGGUCGAUCAGUGUAUUAUCCGCCGCACAAACCAGAUCCUCACCAAGUACCUGCCCAUUAAGUUCGAAAUGGUCAUUUGCGUCAAGCUCACUGCCAUCCAGCUCCAGCUCUACACGAAUUUCCUGAACUCGGACCAAGUGCGACGCAGUCUAGCCGACUGCAAUGAAAAGGCCUCGCUGACGGCCUUGGCGGACAUCACUACCCUGAAGAAGAUUUGCAGCCAUCCGGAUCUCAUACACCAGAAGAUUGAAGCCAAGGAGAAGGGAUUUGAAAACUCUCAGAAUGUGCUGCCAAGUAACUACAAGCCGAAAGAAAUCUGUCCUGAGUGGAGUGGAAAGUUCAUGUUGCUCGACUUCAUGCUGGCCGCCAUCCGAGCCGCUGGAAACGACAAGGUGGUCCUCAUCUCCAACUACACACAGACACUGGAUCUGUUCGAACAGCUGGCCAGAAAAAGAAAGUACGGUUUUGUGAGACUGGACGGCACCAUGUCCAUCAAGAAGCGCUCGAAAGUGGUGGACAAGUUCAAUGACCCGGACUCUGAGUGCUUUCUGUUCAUGCUGAGCAGCAAGGCUGGUGGUUGCGGGUUGAACUUGAUUGGGGCCAAUCGGCUGUUUAUGUUCGAUCCGGACUGGAAUCCAGCCAACGAUGAGCAAGCCAUGGCCAGAGUAUGGCGUGACGGACAGAAGAAACCAUGUUACAUUUAUAGACUAGUGGCGAGCGGCACUAUUGAGGAGAAGAUCCUACAAAGGCAGACGCAUAAGAAGUCACUGUCCAGCACAAUCAUAGACAACAACGAGUCCUCCGAGAAGCACUUUACCCGCGAUGACCUCAAGGAUCUGUUUAGCUUUGAUCAAAAAAUCCUUUCCGACACGCAUGAGAAACUCAAGUGCAAGCGUUGCGUCCAAAACAUUCAAACGAAGCCUCCCUCCGAAAGCACGGACUGCACAUCCCACUUGUCCCAGUGGUAUCACUGCUCCAAUAAUCGAGGACUGCCGGAUAGCAUACUAGCCCAGGCCUGGACGGACAGCAAAUGCGUCUCCUUUGUCUUCCAUCACCGGUCGCAAGCCAAGGAGGUUGUAGAAAGUCCCGAAUCUGCAGCUGCCGAAGCAGAGUCUGUGGAGGAGGAGAGUCAACCAACCCAAAGAAAGCGCCCCUCACCUCCCCUCAGUGAUGACAGCGCCGAUGAAGAUUUCAUUGGAUUCUGAACAGUUUUCGGUUUAUUUUUCGUUUCAUGAACCAGAUUUAUGUUAGCUCUGUAGGAAAUGCGAGCUAUUGUCGUUGAUUUUCAUUUAAAUUUAAACAAAGUGUGCAACAAACUCCAGGCGGAGUCAAUAGAAGCUUAGGCGGAAAGUCUGGCAAACGGCUAAUUGCACCAGAGUAUUCGUUUAUUCUCUUAAAUACUGAUUAAUUUCUGUUACUUUAAGUCACCAAUUGUUGAACAUUUUCGUUUAUGUAGAUUUCGAACGCAAUGACAGUCGUCAGCAAAAAAUAAAACACUAGGCAAUGCUUGGAUUAAAACCCUGUA